AUGACGGGCAAAGCGGGCGCGGCGCUGGCCCCCAGCCUGCCCGGCAAGCCCAAGCCCGACGGCGCGGCCGCCGCCCCCGCCGCUCCGCCGCUGCCUCCGCCGCCCCCCGCGGCUGGGGUCAAGUCCAACUCUGGGCCCACCCCUCCCCGCUGCACCGGUUUCGGCAUCCAGGAGAUCCUGGGCUUGAACAAGGAGCCGCCGUCGCACCCUCGGGCCGCCCUGGACUCUCUGCCCGCCGGGCACCUGCUGGCGGCCCGCUCCGUACUCAGUCCCGCCGGGGUGGGCGGCGUGGGCAUGGGACUGCUGGGGGCCAGCGGCAUCCCCGGCUUUUACACCCAGCCCACCUUCCUAGAGGUGCUCUCCGACCCCCAGAGCGUCCACCUGCAGCCCCUGGCCCGGGCCCCCGGGCAGCUGGACAGCAGCCAGACGGCCAGCUCAGAUUCCGAGGAUGUCUCCUCCAGCGACCGAAAAAUGUCCAAAUCCUCCCUAAAUCAGAGCAAGAAACGAAAGAAGAGGCGGCACAGGACAAUCUUCACAUCCUAUCAACUGGAGGAGCUGGAAAAGGCCUUCAAUGAGGCCCACUAUCCUGACGUAUAUGCUAGAGAGAUGUUGGCCAUGAAAACAGAGUUGCCAGAAGACAGGAUACAGGUUUGGUUCCAGAACCGGCGGGCCAAAUGGCGGAAGAGGGAGAAGUGCUGGGGCAGGAGCAGUGUGAUGGCUGAGUAUGGGCUCUACGGUGCCAUGGUGCGUCACUCCAUCCCGCUGCCUGAAUCCAUCCUCAAGUCUGCCAAGGAUGGCAUCAUGGAGUCCUGUGCCCCUUGGCUCCUGGGGAUGCACAAAAAGUCUCUGGAGGCAGCGGCUGAAGCAGGGAGGAAGACAGAGGUGGAGCGCCAGGCCCUGCCCAAGCUUGACAAAGGUGACAAAGAAGAAAGGGGUCCUGAUCCCAAAACCACCAUUUCCCAGGAGGAACUGAGAGAAAACAGCAUUGCUGCCCUCAGGGCCAAAGCUCAGGAGCACAGCACCAAAGUCCUGGGGACCAUUGCCGGGGACACACCAGCCCCAGGCAGGAAGCCGGAGACAGGGGAGGAGGCGGCAGUGGCAGAGGAUGAGAGACAGAUGGAGAAGUUGAACUCAUCGCAGAAGGAGGAGAAGUUGAUCUAG